GACCGUGGGUGUAUUUGCUACGGACGACUCUCGCAGCAACGGACGACGUCAGCUUUCUGACAAUGAGAUCACAACUUGGCAUGACACGUCACACAACGGGAGACGUGCUACGUACAGCAUAGACCUUGGAGAACCUCUAGCAUCUUUGAGCUGAGGACAUCUAUCUGACGCUGGAAUAUCCUCAGUCUUUGUGGCCCCGAUCAGCAAUCAUGACGCAAGCCACUCUCGACGGAGUCUUCUCACACGCUUUCCUUGACGAUAUCUCAAACUUCUGGUUCCGUCAUCUCGAAGCCGAACAUGUCAUCAUCCCCAGCAUCGAAGAUGCAGCGCCAUGGUUUUCGCAAAGCGACGCAUACGACUGGGAAUGUUUUGGCAAGUUUGGUGCGCAGCUCGAGCUGAUCCAAACGAUGCAACCAAGUGUUGCUGAUAUCCUGACCGCAGCAAAGCCUUCAUCGCCUUUGCAUUGGAUCAGUCUAAUCAUCCUCUUGGACCAAAUCCCACGGAAUUGCUUCCGCGGCGCGAAAGCUCUGGUGGUGUUUACGCUCUUUGACAAGUUAGCGUUCGAGGUUGCUUCCCAGGCACUCGAACUUGAUUUACCAAAGGAAAAACGAGUUCGUUUCCGGUUGGCCUAUAGAUUUUGGUUCUACAUGCCAAUGGAACACUCAGAGAAUUUAGAGGUACACAAAAAGCUGAAAGAAGCUCAUUCAGAGAUGUGGCAUGAUCAUGAGAUGCUACUAGAAAAAGCUGUAAAAGGAUGGGACGGUCCCUUUGCACAACACCAUGCUGUGCUCCUCAAGAGAAGAGAUAGCUUCAAAAAGUUUAGAGAGACCAUGGAGGGUAUCUGCGAGGAUAAGAAGAGUUUACUACGUCGUUUUGGGCGAUUUCCACAGCGUAACAGCGCGUUAGGUCGACCAUCUACUGUAGAGGAGAUUGAAUGGCUGAAAAUCAGAUGA